UUCAUUCUCUCUACCAAUGGAGUUGACUGACCUCCUUCUCCUCUCUUUGGCUCUCAUCUUCCUCCGUUUCUGGUGGCGGUACUGGUCAGUCACCGGCGGUGGUCCCAAGAACCUCCCACCAGGCCCACCCGGGUGGCCGCUGGUUGGGAACCUGGUGCAGGUGAUCCUCCAGCGCCGUCCCUUCAUCUACGUGGUACGUGAUUUACGUGCCAAGUAUGGACCUAUCUUCACGCUACAGAUGGGUCAGCGGACUCUGGUUAUUGUGACGAGCUCUGAGCUGAUUCAUGAAGCUUUGGUGCAGAGGGGGCCGAUAUUCGCUAGCAGACCAGAGGAUUCGCCAACACGGCUUGUGUUCAGUGUGGGGAAAUGCGCCAUUAACUCGGCUCAGUAUGGGCCGCUUUGGAGGACUUUGCGGCGGAACUUUGUGGCGGAGCUGAUAACUCCCACGAGGAUCAGGCAGUGCAGUUGGAUACGGAAGUGGGCGCUGGAGAACCACAUGAGGAGGCUGCAAAUGGAGGUUUCGGAGAAGGGUUUUGUGGAGGUGAUGAGCAACUGUAGGCUCACUAUCUGUAGCAUUCUUAUAUGUAUAUGUUUUGGUGCAAAGAUCUCCGAGCGGCGGAUUAAGGAGAUCGAGAGCGUACUGAAGGACGUCAUGUUGAUGACUACGCCGAAGCUCCCGGACUUCCUGCCGGUUCUGACGCCUCUGCUGCGCCGGCAACUGAGAGAAGCGAAGGAGCUGAGGAAGAAACAAAUGGAGUGCAUGGUUCCACUCGUGAGAAGCAGAAGAGCAUUCGUGGAGAGUAAGGGAGCCCCCGGCCGCAGCAGCUCAGAAAUGGUGAGUCCGAUCGGUGCAGCCUAUAUCGACUCGCUUUUUGGGCUGGAGCCUGCCGAGCGAGGUCGGUUGGGAGAGGAAGAGCUCGUUACACUCUGCUCGGAAAUCAUCAACGCCGGAACCGAUACCAGUGCAACCACGGUUGAGUGGGCUCUGCUUCACUUGGUGAUGAACCAGGACAUUCAGCAAAAGCUUUACAAAGAGAUAAUCGACUGUGUAGGAAAAGAUGGAGUUGUCACGGAAGGAGACGUAGAGAAAAUGCCCUACCUCGGUGCAAUCGUGAAGGAAACUUUCCGGCGCCACCCGCCCAGUCAUUUCGUUCUAUCCCAUGCAGCCACCAAGGACACAGAGCUCGGCGGCUACACAAUUCCAGCUGACGUGAACGUGGAGUUCUACACCGCCUGGGUGACAGAGGACCCGGACCUGUGGCAGGACCCGGCAGAGUUCCGGCCUGAGAGGUUCCUCCAAGGAGACGGAGUCAACGUGGACGUGACCGGAACCCGGGGAGUGAAAAUGGUCCCAUUUGGCGCGGGCAGGAGAAUCUGUCCAGCCAUGAAUUUGGGCACGUUGCAUGUGAAUUUGUUGAUUGCAAGGAUGAUCCAUGCAUUCAAAUGGAUCCCGGCCCCGGGUUCCCCACCUGACCCGACUGAAACCUUUGCCUUCACAGUUGUCAUGAAAAACCCCCUCAAAGCUCUCAUCUUACCUAGAUGAAAAGGAAAACGACAGCUAGCCCAUUGUGUUGCAGUUAAACUUCAUCAAAUUUUCGAUAUGGGUGGCCCACGAGAAGUAAUUGAUUGUUAGGGUUUUGGCAUGGGUCAAAGAGCGUGUGUUUUUAAGUAUAUGAAAUGGCAUACAACCUUGGUGUAUGCCCACGUAUCACUGCCGUAUAUUGCAGAAGACAGCAUUUAGUACUCACUGCCUUUGUCUUAAAUGCUUUUAAUUCAAUGUAUUGGGUUGUGUGGAAUAAAUGCCUUACAUUAUUUUUGGUACCUCCA